GAAUUCUGCUAGACUGGGAGUUUUAAAGUACAAAGUCGACAACAUAUUCGACCAUCGUCGACUGGACAAGUUGAAAUCAACAAUUUUUCGUCCAUUCGUCGAUAAAGCAUGCACAGGUGUAAUUUCUACCAUUAUCCUGGGAGGAAAGAAAUCCCGACCCAGCUAUCUGGGAGAAUCUAUUCAUUUACUUAUUCAGGAGCUGUUUACAGCUUGUCAUGGCAGUUGGGAGCUGUUAAUGAGCGGCUUUUCAUACAUAUACUAUUUCUAG